CGAUGUAAAGUGAUAUGAGGUUUAGAUGUCAUGUCUUUAGGCCAAAUUUACCAUGGCAACUUUGUGUACUUUUCGAGACGAGAAGUGAAGCGGAUGGCCUCUAAACAGGAGAAACCUACGAUUAAACUCAGCUGCAACACAAAUACUGCUUAAAAUUUAAAGUUCUUUACUCAGAAUAAAUUCUUAGUAAGAAAAUGUUGUCUGUCUGAAUUGCUUCGAGGGGCCAUUCUAAUGCAUCGGGCUUUUGUCCCUUAAAUCCCAAGAGAACGUGAAGUUUGAGAAACAAGAAAACGAAGAAUAUAGACGCAAAAAUGUCAGACGCAGAGGAAUCACAACAAGUCGAGGAGGAGCUGCAAGAAGAGAAAACUGAAACAGAAGAGAAAACUGACACAGAAGAGAAAACUGAAAAAGAAGAGAAAACUGAAAAUGAAGAGAAACCAAAGCAGAAAGAGAAAGAAAAAGAAAAAGAAAAGAGACCUGCUUCCAAGCUUGACAAAAAGACUCAGAAAAUGAUCGCAGACCUUCAACGUUGCAAAAAACAGAUGGUGGAAACACGACGUAACACGCACCGACCACCAACGCGUGAGUUCACACCAGACAUCUUCAAUAGCUUGUCCCCAUAUUACAACACAUACAUCGUCAACUACAUCGUGCACGAGCUGGAAAAUCCGGAUCCACAAGUUCUUAGAACUGGAUGGGGCCACCGUGCCAUGGCGCUAGGAGUCAUAGAUCCUGAGAUCUCAUGGAAAAUGGACAACUUUCCUGGCCCAGUUCAACCGUCAAGAAUUCCAGGAACUCUCUUCAAAGCACGAAAUUGGAGUAGGAAUCUGUCCGGGAAAGAUGGGGAUCUGGGAAGCACUCGUUUGCCGCCUCUCCCCAUGCCCUCUGUGCCAAAGUUCCAUCAAGCCACCUUCCAGCCAAACAAGAUGACGUUCAACGAGCUUGGACAAUUCAGAUCUGAAAUGAAGAACAUGACCCAGAAACUUGCCGAGAAGCGAUCCAAGGAAGACUACGACAGGACCGUGAAGGACUGGCAACGAAUGAACCUCUCUGAGCUGAAGGAUCUCCCGGCUCACUCGCGCUACCACGUGAAGAAAGCGAUCUUCAGUUACCUAGCAACCUCACAGGGAUCAGCAAAGGCACUUAAACCGCUGACAAAAGAAUUGCAGGCUCAUACACCUGAGCCCCUAGUGAAAUAAGGAAUGGCCAGCGGAGUGUUGUGUGAUUAAUUUUGUGGGAGUGCUGUUGGUGGUUCAGGGAAAGAACUUGUUUGAUAUCGUGUAACAGUUUUUUGGUAUAGAGAAAGGGCGUUUAUUGGGUGUCUGUCACUAAAGUGGUGUAAGCAAGUUUGAAUGGAAUAUGGAAUGGACUGCUUGAUUUGAAGCAGCAUGGUUAGAAAUUUGCAAGACUAUUGAACAUAUGUAAAUAGCGUGUUUUAACAAUUCUCCAACAUGGCCUGUACAAGACUAAGGUUAAAAAAAUAAAAUAUAUUUUAUCA